AAUCUAAAAUCUGUUUAUUUUUUCGCUUUUUGACCUGGAACUGCUCCCUCGUGUUAACAUCGGCAUCGUUAAGUUUAAUAUGUGUUCACCUAAAUAGCCUAUAUCUAGCGGUUAGCUAUGAAAAUCUGCCGAUAUUACUGCAUCGUUAGGCUUCAGAUCCUAUCAGGCAGACGCAAUUACACCCAACUCUGUGCUCAUUAUUGAUUCGCCCUGUCAAUGGGGCGGUCUGUCACGCAAAUAGCAUCACAUUUGCCUAUUCGGUUGAUCGUCAUCAAGUGCUUCGAGUGCUGUCGAAAUAUGUUAACAGUUCAUUAUAGUUUGAUAACUCUAAUUCUUCUAAUGCUGAUUCUAAGUGUCGUCGACUCUGGUCCCACGCAGAAACCGAAAGUGCGUAAUGAGGGAAAGUCGGCGUACAAAAUCCGCCUCACCAAAGCGAUCUGCGUUGACCUUCCAUACGAGAUAGCAUGGAACGUGACCUGCCGGCUGAGGCUGUUCCGCGAUCAACCGUCGAAGAUGCUAUUCCGGAUAGUAGUCGAUCAGGUCGAUCAUCUUUUCCUCACAUUUGCCAUGUUCUACAAGUAUCACCAAACCUAUCAACCCCUGCUGAUGGAGGUCACCUUCGACGUGUGCAGUUAUUUGAGAAAGUUCAACAGCAUGUCGGUCUCGUCUGUCGCGAGUAUUGGUCCGUCAAUGGAUCUGGAUCAGACGGCCCUGUUUAUCCUGAACAUUUUGGAAAAGAACAACCCGUCGGCUAUACGUAGCGGUUGCCCGUACAGAGGUGUCAUCGCUUUCGAAAAUUUCUAUAUUGACGAGUCCAUGGCGCCGCAGUUCUUACCCGCAGGAGAGUACCGGCUGGACAUGCGCUACUUCAACGAGAAGAAUCAAACCGUUAUGCACUCGCAGGUGUUUGGAUCGGUUCGUGCGGUCGGUAUAGUAGAUUUGUCGAUGGGAUAGAUUUUGAUUCCGAAGCUCCGGAGUUGCGAAGUUGACUUGUGAGCUCUUGUGAGUAAUAAAAAAGACAAGGUACCAUGCAAAAAAAAUUACUUUCAUUCCUUGGAUUUUGC